CAGUAUCACGGUACAGCGACAACGCGGUACGGUACUCCGGUGUUUACAGUUACCGCGGUACGUUACUGAAAGAUUACCGCUUUCUUGAGUCACAUCUACGCGGCGCCUCGAAGAAGAACAUGACAGAAGUAUAUAAACAUCAGAACUCACCCACUUCAGGAGGCUUUCACACAGCUCGACUCGAUCCAGAGUCUCCAGAGUCUCCAGCGCGCUCAUCUUCUGAGCUGAGCUGUCUGAUCGCGCGAGUCUCCGGUUGAAGGCGAAUAAACGAGUGAAACGGAGCUUCCGGCGACGAGGGGUCCUUCAGCUGCCACCCUGCAGAUCCGGACACCUACUGCCUGACGGAAAAUCUCACCGCUUUGCUGAAACAUGGAUUUAAAACGGAUACAAAAACAAUAUAAUAUAUUAAAUGAUUAUGGUAAAAAAUCGCGCAAAUAAGACUCGAUAAAGCGAGACAGGCAAUGAAACGCGCCGCUUUCAACAGUGACGCGGAGGAAUGCGGAACUCUGUGCGUUUAAAAUAAAAAAGGGAACAGUUUUUAUAAGAUAUGAUGAAUACGCAAGAAAAUGUUAAUAGAGUGAUAGGAAUCUUAUCUCGUUUUUCCUCCGAAUGUAAUCCUUUUGUUUGACCCACACUCCGGAGCAGAAGGCGGCGGUAUCGAGCCAGUAAUCCGCAUAUUCACCGCCGAAGAAGAAGAAGGAGGAGGCGUAGAAGAAGAAGAAAGCGAAACACACAUUUAUCUUUGCGAACGCGUAUUUGAGGCCUGAAACUGCUGUUUAUCUCAUGAUUCACAGAUGAACAGAAAGUUCAGAAGAGCAGCGUUUCUUUGAGACAGCAUCAUUAUAAAUGUGUAUUCUGCCGCUUCUGAUCAGUGUAAUGCGCUGCUGAACGAAGUGAGAGUGUGUGUGUGUGUGUGAUUAUGGGCUGGAGCACAUGAGCAGCUGUGAUGGACUCUGCGGCUCCCGAGGAGGGCUCUCUGAUUGAAGGAGUGAGUGACCCUGUCCUGCUCGUGCUGGGGCUCAGCGUCAGCUUUCUGCUCGCUAUGACGACGCUGCUCUGCAGGAAUGAGCAGCAGAGGAUUCACCCGGAGAAUCAGGAGCACGUGCGUGUGGUCCGAGAGCAGCUUCAGUCAGAGCAGCUGUCGUCGUCAGAGCCCAGGCAUCAGUUCUACUCGGACAUGUCGUGUCCCGUGUGUCUGCAGCAGGCCGUUCUGCCCGUGGAGACCAACUGCGGCCAUCUGUUCUGCGGGCCGUGCAUCAUGGCGUACUGGCGCUACGGGACGUGGCUCGGCGCCAUCAGCUGCCCCAUCUGCAGGCAAACGGUGACCCUGCUGUUCCCGCUCUUCCGUGACACGAGGCGCAGCGCUCAGACGCAGGAGGACCAGGUCGAACCCGCGCUGAUCCUCAGAGACAUCCACGACUAUAACCGCCGCUUCUCCGGACAGCCGCGCUCCCUGCUGGAGCGUCUGCGGGACGUCCCGACGCUGCUGCGGCAUGCCUUCAGAGAGAUGUUCUCCGUCGGAGGCCUCUUCUGGAUGUUCCGCGUCCGGAUCCUGCUGUGUGUGCUGGGCGCGCUGAUGUACCUGGCCUCGCCGCUGGACUUCAUCCCCGAGGGAGUGCUGGGGCUGCUGGGCUUCAUGGACGACUUCUUCGUCAUCCUGCUGCUCUUCAUCUACAUCUCCAUCAUGUACCGCGAGGUGGUGACGCAGCGGCUGGCCGGAUGAGCGUCUGAUCUCUGCUUUAGCCUCCGCUUCGUCCUGCUUCAUGAACUGAACACGUUUGAUUAGUCCUCAUAAAGCGCUGGUGUUCUGUGCUCAGCGCAGCGUGAAGAAGAACAAACACACGAAACAUGAGAGACUUCUCUGCACUAUUACAGAUGUGUUUGAUACGACAGAGCUGAAAUCUGACGCUCGGACUCGUGCUGAUGUUUGUACGUCUCACACACACACCAGUGUCUUCAGUCUCUCAUCUUCUCUUGACGAAGCUCAGAUGGUGUCAUUCAAACAGGCCUGAUAUCUGCAUUAAAGAAAGAUUCUAGAAAAUGACAAA